GCUCUAUAGAUCCCACACCAACACACACCCUUUGGAAAGAACGAGAGGGGUGAGGUCAUAUUUAAGUCGAUACAAAUUUAUGAAAGUCGUUCUAGCGAGCUGACUCAUGCGUUUAAUAAACUUGGAAGAUACAUUCUAGUUAUAGCUGAAGAAGCUGGUCUUCACGUGCACGACAUUAAGGAAUUUAUAUUUGACUAUUUUAUUAAUGGAUUGAACAGCACUUCUCAAAGUUUUCCGGAGAAAGUUACGGACCUUAAGAAUCAAAGAAUUUGUGCUCACCUUCUAUCGGAGUGUAUUUAGUUGAAAUGGAAUAUAAUGCACAGACUAUGAUGGUGGUUUAUAGGAUAAAGAUGCUCCUUCUGGUGCUGGUUGUAUUUCACGUGUUUACAGUGUACACGGUAUCUGGAUAUGGUUCCUUUCCAUCGUUUCCAUCGUCGUCAUCAUCGAUGGAUUCAUACAGUGAUUUGUCUUGGGAACCAUGUCCGAUUAACAUGAACCCGUGUGCAAAUAAUGGUACAUGUGAGACGUAUGGUGGUGAUACUUAUUGCUUCUGUUCAUGGAAUACCACCGGAGAAUUCUGCGAAACAGCUCUUGUAGCUUGUCCAGAUUUCCUUUGUGAGAACGGGGGCACAUGUGGAGUAGAUGGAUGUGAAUGCCCGGCUGGAUUUUCUGGUCAUUACUGUGAAUAUAUUGAUUGCCCUGAUGGUCCAUGUCUUAAUUAUGGUUACUGUGAACAACGAAGAAAUGGAAACAGGUGUCAGUGUUUUGAUGAUUUCUAUGGAGAUUAUUGUGAAUACCGAGACCAUUGUCCCAGUGACCCCUGUGAAAAUGGUGGGAUGUGUAUCUUGGAUGAUUUUGGUGAUUACGAAUGCGUCUGCGAAGAUGGAUUCUGGGGAGAUCAAUGCGAGUUAUUUGAUGGUGUCAAUUGCCCUGAUUCUCCGUGUCUGAAUGGAAUGUGUCUAUACGAUGAAUUCAACGACCGAUACUGCUUGUGUCCAGUAAACUUCACAGGAGACUUGUGUGAAACUGAAAUAUGCCCUCACGACUUUUGUGAGAAUGGCGGAUCAUGUGUGCAUAUAAAUGGAUUCAAUUAUUGCAACUGCCCUGUUGGUUGGUCAGGAUCAAAUUGUGAAAUUGCAAUUUCGACAGCUUGUGAGAAUCUAAGACCAUGUUUGAACGGAGGUACAUGUUAUAAUGAAGGAAAUAAUGGAUAUAUCUGCAUAUGUACCGGUGAUUACAAUGGAACAAAUUGUGGAAAAUCGGUUAUAAGCGAUCCUUGUAUAACACUCAACCCAUGUGAAAAUGGCGGUCUUUGUCUUUACCUGGGAGCAUCAUACGACAUUGACUUCGUGUGUGUCUGUGGACCGGGAUAUACUGGACCAUUCUGCAGCGACGAGAUCAACCCCUGCUCUAGUUUUGUGUGUUUUAACGGUGGCACCUGUCUUUCAAAUGGAUUCGUCGCAUACUGCGACUGCGCAGAUGGAUACACUGGAACCUACUGCAAUAAUUCGACCACGACCUCCAAUCCCUGCGAGACUGUAGAUCCAUGCCUUAAUGGUGGGGUAUGCCUGCCGAUGGAAAAUGGCCUCCUCUGUGUUUGCACCAGCUCUUGGACGGGAACAUAUUGCGAAUCAUCAGUGGUUGAUUAUUGUGUUGUCGAACCAUGUCUUAAUGAUGGCGUAUGCAUUUCAUUGACAUCCAGUCAUACGUGUGUGUGUCGUGUGGGAUGGACUGGAUACUACUGUGAAACAUCUCUAUCAGAAGCUUGUGAGAACCGGAUGCCGUGUCAAAAUGGAGCUACCUGUCAGAAUGAGGGCCUGGAUGCAUAUUCAUGCGACUGCCUUGAUGGCUGGGAAGGAACCAAUUGUGAAGUUGAUGUAAACGAGUGUUUGAAUACUGGAAUAUGUGGGCAGGGAGACUGCGUGAAUAGAGAUGGAACUUAUGAAUGCGAUUGCUUUGUGAGUUGGACGGGAGACAACUGUGAAACACAGCUGCCUUUCUGUACAACCGAUCCCUGUCUAAAUGGAGGGUCUUGUGUGGAUCAUGAGACCAGUAUUUUAUCUUACACUUGUACGUGUCCGGCGGGUUGGUCUGGUGUAAACUGUCAAUCAGAUAUAAAUGAAUGUAUAGCAGCACUGUCAACAUGUGGCGACAAUGGAGAGUGUGUCAAUACUGAUGGAUCAUUUUAUUGUGAAUGUUCACAAGGAUGGGGAGGAGACGCAUGUGAUGUUCAAGCCGCCAAAUCUGCAUUGUCUACAACGCAAAUCCUCAUUAUUGGUGCCAGUGGAGGGGGAGUCCUAUUAAUCAUCAUUGUCAUCAGUAUUUGCGCUUGUAUUUGUGCAAGAAGUUCAACACCAAAGAGGGGGAAUGCACAGGACGAUAUUGACACCCUGAGGCAGGCAAGAGAGCCCGGCAUCGCUCACCAAAAUCCCGCCUACGAACCGGACUACCACAUGCCGACCGAACCACCUCCCGAAUACGAACCGAUAGACAAACUACCCUCAUCUCCUUCGUCGGUUCAGUUAUCACCGAAUAAUGUGUAUCAAAACCCAGAUGCGGGUUUGGGCCCACGAAGCUCUCCGUCGAUUGCGACGAACGGAUAUCUACGCCCAAUGGACGCCGGUGUAUCUUCGCCGGAUAGCAAGACAUUACCGGAUUAUCAGACAUAUAUGGUACCACAUGACGACACGGAUUCUAGUCAUUAUCUCCCAAUGGAUAGCCCUAAUGGAAGAGGACACGAUGACGGUCAUCAUAUUUAUGAGGCACUGCCGGAUACUGCUCGGUAUCAAAAUAUUAAUAUAACCGAAUAACAUCUCAAAGAUUAUGGGAGGAAAGAGACUCUGUCUUGAAUCAAAUGUUUUGACGCGAGUAACAAAUUGUCAACGUAAAAAUGUGUAACAGACAAUUUUACAACCUGCUGUAAAUCAACUCAAAGCAAAUCGAUCAACAUAGUAAUUCCUGUACUCUAUGUUUAUUUUACAGUCUCGCAAUAACUGGCGAUAUAUAACAGUGUACUAUAUACUAAUGAUAUUUAUUAAAAACGGAAAAUGAAAAAUUGCUCCAUGCAAUAUACAUAUACGGCCUAAUUCUGACGCCGCUGACCAUCGUCAGCUUAUUGUUCCUGAAACUUUCACGAGCAAUGUUAAACAAAACAAAAACAUUGAUAAAUAAAUGUAAGUCACUGUAAUUAGCAAGCAAACCCCGCACAAGCAUAUUUUCAUGUAUUCUAUUGUUUAUUCUAUUUAAUGCUAUGAAAGCGUCAUGUGUUUAUAUGAUAAUCAGAAGGCGAUGUGAGAUGAUUUCACGACAAGCCUUUAACCAAAAUUUUAAAGGAUUUGAAAGAAAUUUGCACAUAUAUAUUUAAUGUUUAGAUUUAUGGAUGUGUUUAUGUAUAAUGCGUUAAAUGCGUGUGAAUUAUUAAUGAAAUAAUUAUAUUGUUAACUUAUAUAUAUCAACCACACUCUGUAAUCAGGACAAGAAAGAUCUUAUAAGAAAAUGUGAGACACGAAAGAUACCAGUUUAGAGAGUGUGUGAGAGAGAGAGAGAGAGGCUGAAAGAGACAGUGAGGGAGAUUAUUGCAAUUAUCAUCACCUUUGCUGUCGUUUUAAACAUACCUUUCCAUUGUUAUUGAUUUUUAUCAAAUUUGUUUUUCAUUCCACUUAUCAUGUUUAUCUCAAACCCGUAAAAACUAGAUGACAAUUUUCGAAAUAAAAUCCGUAACGUGAAAGGUUUGCUCAACGUAAGUCAAAAGCUUUUCUUUCAUGUCUCGGGCAACUCUUGAAACUAAAUUUGUAACUUUCGGGUACGUGGUCCUAAAACGUAACAUCUAGGGGGCCCUUUCGUACACACAUCCCCGGUCUUUGCAGCCUCGAAAAAUAUCCAGUCUGGGUUGAAACUGUUUUUUAUAUCAAUUGGAAAACAAUUUAUCAGAUUACAUUUUUACAACUCGUUCAUUGAUUUUCACAAUAUGGUAUUAAAUAUUUUAUUCAACGUCAC